AUGUCGGGAAAGAAAAAGUCCAAAUCAGACACGGUUCCUUUAGAUUUGGACAAUAUUAAGCCAUUGGACCAUUUGCAAGCAGUUCCAAAGACAAGAAAAAUGUCAAUGACUUCAAUUGAGUCUGCCGAUGAGCCAGGUGGAUUCAAAGAAGUGUUGUUGCCACCUACAAUCAAGGAAUUUGAUGAGUUGGAGCAAUUUGAAGCUUUUGUUCGGGACGAGACUUGGGACAACGAUUUCGAUUACUUCCAUGGUAGAUUGCACUAUUAUCCACCAUUUGUCUUGAAAGAAUGCCAUGAUGAGAUUGAGAAAAUCAAGCCAACAUCAAACAAAAACUCAAGCAAAUUCAAGCGUAAUCUACAACACCAUAUCAAGAAGCACUUGAUUAAAGAUUUGGAAAAGUGUUGCGGUUAUGAGUUGAAUUUCGACAAGGCUGAAGAGAUUGAGUCAUUUGAUAAAUUGACUUGGAAGUUUAAGGAUGAAACUGACCAUGGUUUUAGUAAAGAAGAGGAGGACAAGUAUGAUAGACAUUGGAAGAUUGAGUUGGAUAUUACCAGUCACAAUGACUCUGCAUUGGUUGACAUUGACAUGAAGUCGAUUCCAAUUGGUCAUUGA